UCGAAUUUCUAACCGUGAAGUCUGGUCUAGAAAUCUGCAAGGAACUCUUGAGAGCUUUGUUUUGUUUUGUUUUUUGUUUUGUUUUGUUUUGUUUUGUUUUAAAGGAGAUCAAGAGCUGUGAACCCCAUCAAAAUCCCAGCAGAGAACAACUUAUAAUGGAGCCUUUACCUCUUGAGUUACCAGCUGACACAGUGCAACGCCUGGCAUCUGAACUGAAAUGUCAUCCUACAGAUGAGAGGGUCGCCCUCCGUCUCGAUGAGGAAGAUAAGCUGAGACACUUCAGGGAGUAUUUUUAUAUUCCCAAAAUGAAGGAUCUACCUCCAAUUGAUUUAUCAUUAGUUGAUAAGGAUGAAAGUGCUAUCUAUCUCUUGGGAAAUUCUCUUGGCCUUCAACCAAAAAUGGUUAAAACGUAUCUGGAAGAAGAACUAGAUAAGUGGGCUAAAAUGGGAGUCUAUGGCCAUGAUACAGGAAAACGUCCUUGGAUAACAGGAGAUGAGAAAAUUUCAGGUCUUAUGACUGACAUUGUUGGAGCCAGUGAGAAAGAAAUAGUCCUAAUGAAUGGCUUGACUGUUAAUUUACAUCUUUUACUGUUAUCAUUUUUUAAGCCUACACCGAAAAGGUACAAAAUUCUUCUUGAAGCCAAAGCCUUCCCUUCAGAUUAUUAUACUGUUGAAUCACAGCUUCAACUUCACGGACUCAACACUGAGAAAAGUAUGCGGAUUGUAACGCCAAGAGAGGGGGAGGAAACCUUGAGAACAGAGGAUAUCCUUGAAGUGAUUGAGAAGGAAGGAGACUCCAUUGCAGUGAUCAUGUUCAGUGGGGUGCAUUUUUAUACAGGACAGUACUUUAAUAUACCUGCCAUCACAAAAGCAGGACAAGCAAAGGGUUGUUUCGUUGGCUUUGAUCUAGCGCAUACGAUUGGAAAUGUUGAGCUCCACUUGCACGACUGGGGAGUAGAUUUUGCCUGCUGGUGCUCCUAUAAGUAUUUAAAUUCAGGAGCAGGAGGUCUGGCUGGUGCCUUUGUCCAUGAAAAGCAUGCCCAUACAAUUAAACCUGCGUUAGUGGGGUGGUUUGGUCAUGAACUGAGCACCAGAUUUAAAAUGGAUAACAAAUUGCAGUUAAUCCCUGGGGCCAAUGGAUUUCGAAUUUCAAAUCCUCCCAUAUUGUUGGUCUGUUCCUUGCACGCUAGUUUAGAGAUCUUUAAGAAAGCAACCAUGAAAGCAUUGAGAAGAAAAUCUAUUUUGCUAACUGGUUAUCUGGAAUACCUGAUCAAGCAUUACUAUGGCAAAGAUAAACCAGGAAACAAGAUUGCUGUGAACAUAAUUACUCCAUCCCGUAUAGAGGAACGUGGCUGCCAGCUAACACUGACAUUCUCUGUUCCAAUAAAAUAUGUAUUUCAAGAGCUAGAAAAAAGAGGAGUGGUUUGUGACAAGCGGGAACCCAAUGGCAUCCGAGUGGCUCCAGUUCCUCUCUACAAUUCGUUCUAUGAUGUGUAUAGAUUUAUCAGUGUGUUCAAUUCUGCACUUGACUCUGUAGAAAGAAAACAUGCCAGUGUUUAGAACAAAUUUAAGCAAAUAGUACUGAAAUCUGCUGUGAUUAUUUUAUUACUUUUAUUCAAGUUUUAAUAAUUGGAAGUAUUACAAAAACUAAUGAUACAUAACUGGCUAUGAGUUUUAGACUUUACAAAUAAAGCUUAUACAAUUAUUAUAAGAGUCAGUGUCCCUGAGGAAUCUUCAUGGCUGUCCAAUUUCUUGGUGUUUUUGUGGAUCAAGGUCUUCAUCGGUCUAAAUAUUACAUACACAGUCUUAGUUAGUUGUUAAAUUUCAUGGUCAGUGAAAUAUUCUUAUUGGCUAUAUUUAUCAUUGACUGACAAUUUCAUAAUAUAUGUAGAAUUUUUGUGUCAAUUUUCUAACUAUUUUUGUGUCAAUUUUCUAACUAUUACUUAAGUUUUAAUUUCCCAAAAACUUUUUUAUAAGCACUAUAGUUGAAUGGUCUGAUAUAUGUAUGAGUUUACAAUAUUCUAUCCAGCUCCAAUCUAAGGAACAGAAAAUACAUUUUCUAAGGUAGUGGUCUUCAAAUAUUUUUGGCCACAAUCCACACUAAGAAAUAUAUCUAAUAACAGAGACCUGAAUUUAUGUGUGUAUAAGCCUUACUUAUUUUAAUACAAUAUUUUAACAUCUGUGAAACAAAAGUCAAUUUUCAAUCGACUGCUUCUUACAGAUGUCAUUGGCCACUCUUUCCCAUUACCAUCCCUGACAAUAGCAUGCUUCUCACAAUGAAUAGAAAGCAUCUUAGAUAAAAUUAAAAAUGGUACA